AUGCAUGACCUUUCAGAAGUUGCCAGGAGUCACAGGGAGAGCUCUCGAGGGCCUGACGCUUCGCUCUUGUUGGCAUGGACGUUGACCAGGCUCAAGCUGGCGAGCUCUGGGCCGGGAGGUGGCAAAAUGGGCUGGGUGAACAAACAUUUAUAGUAAAUUCCGGCUGGUGUCCCGCGCGCUCUAGGGCUUUACGGCGGAAUCGCGUAUAUGGGCUCAAUCAGUGACUACUCCAAGGGACCACUGUGGCCAACCAACGAAAAGCACUGUGCGGCAGACACGUUACAGUCUAAAAUCUCGCUCUCGGGACCACGAGCAAAGCACAUAGUGCUGCUACAAAUGGUGAAGCUACCUCUGACACGGCGUGCUAAGGACAUGUUCACCAGGCAGUGUGCCCAGGGCGGCCUGGUUCCUUCUGGGAAUAAAAUAGUAUUUUCAGUAUGUGUUACUGUUUCUCAGCACCCCUUGAGCAGCUUGCCUCGGAAACAAAGCACCGCUUGCACAUAGGGUUUCCCUACCACUAGUGUGACUGUAUAGCAUUAAAACAUACAGUGCAGCGAUGCUACGUAGGUUUGGUGGUACAACUUCCGUAGUAACAACCAUUCGGCGACCCUUCGGCGGGUGGCUGGUCUCCAUCCGUCUGACGGGACGGGCUCGUGAUGGAACAUGGCAAGGGGCAGGAAAGCGUAGUCCCGAUGUGUGUGGCUCCUUGUCGUAGUCCCCGUCCUGCCCGUCUCUCGGGCGCACUAACCACAACUUCUCUCGUGAGGAGUUGUGGUUAGUGCGCCCGCCUGCGGGGCUUGCGCCACCUGUGUGGGAUGUGGUGUGUCUCGCUGCUAUGUCUGCCCUGGACUUUGGUCGGCAGCGUGUGGUUAUGGCCGGGUUGGCCGUUGGCGGCGCGAGCGAAGCUGCCGUCGGCCCGGGUGCUGAGCAUUGGACUUGCCGUCGUAGCUGACUUCUGGGGUCGUCUCCAGACGUUUGUGACUUUGGGUAUCAGGCCAAAGGGUUGGGACGCUGUGCCGUUUGCGCAUCCCUUCAUAUCUUGGGCUGUUGGUGACGGCAUGGUUUUGCGCUUGCCGUAUGACGCUGAUUCCCCGGCCCCCUCGCCGUGAGAGGUUGUGCGUGGUUAGUGGCUCUGUGUGUGGGCAGGAUGCACGUGUGGGCGACCGUUCUAGUACCUGGACGCUUGCGCCCUGGUUAGUGCGUGCGCUGUGCGUGUGUCCUGCGGCCUAGACGUUUCCCGGCACUCCUGUGCCUAGGCUUGUGGCGUUGAGGCACAGCGGUGGGGCUCUGGCGGGUUGAGGCUUGGCUAGGACUCACUGUGCGCGGAGUCACACGGACUUUGCCCGCGGGAGGGUUUGCAGCAAAGUCGGGGUUGGUGGACUCAAGUUGGGACCUGAUAGCAUGUGAUGGCUCGGCGUCUUCGGGUGCUGGGACUGUCCCCUCUGUAACA